AUGUGUAAUAAGGGCGAUAAGAGGGAAAGCAGAUACUCUCUUACAAACCACCCGUUUCAUCUCGAGCCGCUAGCACUGGAAGAAGAAGAAAAUGCCUACCUUGAAAUAUACACCAACGUACCGGUGGACGCAGUAACAACCUCUGACAUCCUCAAGGACGCCACCAAAGCUGUUGCCAAAACCAUUGGCAAACCUGAAUCCUAUGUGAUGAUUCUGGUUAAUGGCGGAGUACCAAUGGCAUUUGCUGGGACGGAAGCCCCGGCUGCUUACGGAGAAUUGAUUUCUAUUGGGGGCCUUGGGCCUUCUGUCAAUUCCAAAUUGAGUUCAACUAUUGCUGAUAUUCUUCAAACCAAGCUUUCAAUUGAUGCUUCUCGCUUCUACAUCAAAUUCUACGAUGUUCAGCGCUCAUAUUUUGGAUUUAAUGGUUCGACUUUCUGACUGGCUCAAAUGAGUAUACAUCCAUGGAAAUUAAGCAUUCCCAGUUGAAUCAUACCUGUGCAGGAUCGUAGUUUGUGUUUGAUCAACUUUCUGAGUGGCUCAAAUGGAAAGCGUUGCGAGUUGAAUCAUGUCUGCGUGGGAUAGUAUUAUAUCUUUUGUCAGCUGUAGACUUCCUCCUUUGAGACAUUACCUCAAUCUGAAUCACUGCAAUAAACAUAAGCAAAA